CAUAUGAAAUGCAGUACACUUUUUGAACGAAUGUGAUUUGAACUGAUGUAACUUGUGUUAUACAAAGGACCACAAAAGGCUAUACAUAAGUGGAAUACAUAAAGCUAAUGAUUCCUGAUUUGUUAAUAGAAUGUGCAGGAUUAGUUUCUGACUAUUUUUUUCUUUAAUGUUGGUGUUUAACUUGACUUACUUUGCACCAUGAAGGCUAUUGUCAGGGAGCCUAUAGAACAUGAAGGUAGGGAGCUGUUGAGUUCAGAAUGAGCAAUAACUGCUUUAAUCAGAAGUAUGACAUUACUCUUGGUGCUACAAAGAAGUAUGUGGUCCAAGCACUGAGAGGACACAGAGUAAACAUAAGCUUUCUUCCUCGUCAUUGGCCCCAGUAAUGCUAUUGGUGACACUCUGUUGCAGAGUUUGAUUUAGUCUGUGGUACCAUAUGUAAAUGUAUGUCUUGUCUGUUGCAUUAUGUCACAAGUAUGUUAUUUGACUGACUGAUAUAUAUUAUAUAUGAGAAUGUUGUUGUCACUCGUACCUGAUGAAGCAAGUAAACCAAGAAAUAUUUUAGACAUUGGUGGCAGAGUACAUUGUGUGACCAGUAGUUUGCUAAGUAAUGCAGUUUGUUUAAGAUAUUUAUAAUACAAUACGUUAAUACAAAGGCUGAAUAGGAAAAAAAAUAUCAAUGCGUUAUGAUCCAAUUUUGUUCUUUGUAAGCAUCAUAUUCUCCUCUGCAUUGAAACAUUUUGAUUUAUGGUUCCUUCUGCCAUGUUGUCUUUGGUUCCUCCAGUUACCAGUGGAUUAAUAAUGCAGUUAGAACAUUCAAAAUGAAUAUGACUUCUACAUUCUUUAUUUAUCCUUUGGUAUUUAGCAAAUAUCACAGUGAAGCUGUGUGCAUUUCCAUUGUUUAUAUUCAUCUGUGAGCACUAAACUGAUAUGGUAAAGAAUCUCAUUUCGUUAUUUCUGCAUGACAACUUAUGAUAUGAUAAUGUAAAAACAACCAGAAAAAAGUUAACAAAUGUGUAAAGCCUUUUAAAAGCCUAACGCCCUAAAAAUAGUUAUAUUCAUCUGAGUGUCAUACUUCAUGUACACUAGUAAUGCUGCUUCCUUUGCAGGUGUGAGUCCACAGCUGCUGGAUGGAGAUUCUGUACUGUUUAGGGGAAUUUCCCAGUGGUCCCCAGUUGUGAAAGCCAGAAGCUUUGCUUGUGCCCGCUGUCACAACGCUUAUACUCGCCGAGACAACCUGAUGCGUCACAUCCGAUUUGAAUGCGGUGUAGAACCACAGUUUGAAUGUCCCGUAUGCUACAAAAAAAUGAAGCACAAAUUUUCAAUGAUUAAACACAUGAAAAACCAUAACAGGAUUAGAAAUUUACAGCAAGUAAAUUUUUUGUGUGAAUCCACAGUUGCUGGAAGGAGACUCUGUAUUCUUUCAAGGAAUUUCUCAAUGGUAUCCAGAUGUAAAAGCCAGAAGUUUUACUUGUGCACGUUGUCACAAUGCCUAUACCCGCCGACACAACCUGAUGCGUCACAUUCGAUUUGAAUGUGGUGUAGAACCACAAUUUGAGUGUCCUGUAUGCCACAUAAAAAUGAAACACAAAUUUUCUUUGAUUAAACACAUGAAAAAGCAUAACAGGAUUGAAAAUUUACAGCAAGUAAAUUUUUUGUGAGAGAUGAACCAGUUUUUUUAUAUAUAAUGCUAUUGUAUAUUUUACUGGCUAUUUACCAAUAAACUCUAAUUAAAAAUGACACAGUUAUUGAAUUUAAAUAACAAAACCACCUCUGGUUCUAGUGGUGUCUACUUAUCUCUACUAAAACAAAACUCAUGAGAGCUGUUAGCUGUAAUGAUGGUGUAUUGAGGAAAGUUUGCAAAU